AUGUAUGAUGCCGAUUCACCUCAUUCAUAUACCUCGCAACGCCCGCUUAAUGAGUACAAUUGCAAAGUAGCAUUCAGCUCUACAAAUAAAGUAAAUCAAGAGGACAUUAGAAACGUUGGCAUACCCAUAUGUCAAACAAUAGAUAAUAAAGAUGAUGAUGAUGAAGAUGAUGAUCAGAAGUCUAUUUCCAAUGUUGUUGAAGAUGGUGAUAAAAACACGGGUGAUACUGGUAAUCAUGUUAGAAGUGACGGUUACUUUGAUGAAUAUUCUUUUUAUCCGUCAGUGAAAAUACCAGAGGUAAAUCCAACCGAGCAUGGAAAGCUUUGGGAUGGCGCACAAAUAGAUCAAAACAAAGUGAACUGUGUGGAUCCUGCUUAUCCAAACAUCCCUCUUGGGUCAUUUAUAUGUCCUUAUUCUCCCGAUCAACGACUGUUUGCGGGCUCUGCUUCUGUCCCUGUAACUCCGCACGCCAAACGGUCAGGAAUUACAGUCAGUCGACGUACGAAUCAUUUCUGUCAUCUGCCACUCCGCCCAUCCGAGUCUACUGGUUUUUCAGCCUGCCCAAACGGAAGUCAUUUCGUUGCUGCGAAUCACUCUAAUCAAAAAGUAUUUCCUUAUCCACCUUACUUACCUACCAAUACUGGAUCAGUUUGUCCUCAUGGAUGCCCCUGUGAAGUCUCCAUAAAACCGCUUUGGUCUGGUGACCCUUACCUCGCUUGUGAAGUCCCAGUCAGGUCUGUUGAUCAGUCUGUUUUUGGAGAACGACAUGGGUCGUAUGCUCCAUUUGUGAGUGCACCUGGUAGUCUUCCUGCCCUUCACAAUGAUAGCAUUCAUCCGUACUCUGGAAUUGAACCAAAUGAAGCUCUACAUUUCAAUCACAAUCCUUGGAUCUAUGCUGCUCGAUCUAAUCGACAUCCGCAUUCAGCAGUAUGUCAUAUGUGUUCUCCAACUCAGUCCUGUUUAGUCGAAGUUCCCUAUGCCGCUCCAACAAAAAACCUGCCGAAACACUCAACUUACUCUGUGUUAAAAUGUCAGGUCCCUUAUACUACUCAUGAUCCAAUUGAUUCAAUGCAGUAUGUCUAUCCAAGUUCAUCUUUAGCUGCUAUUCUUUCACCUAUUGUCACUCAGCGUAGGCAACAUCCGCAGCGCCAAGCACUUCAAGGAUCACAGCCAAAUCGCGGUUUGAGGCGACAGCAGUCUCAACCAAAGAACGUAAGAUUACCGGACUUAAUGCAUAUUCCACUGAUGGAGCGUUCGACAAGUCAUGUUCAGUUGUCUCAUCUUCCAAGCAACUAUGGGUUGGCGUCUCCACUGGAAACUUGUUUAAGUAAUAACCACCCAAUCUCUCGUCAAGCCAAUCGAGGCUUUUCGCUUCAGUACAUACCUUGCUCUACAAGUGUUCAUCCUGGUCAUUACGAUCUUAACCCAGGCUUUGAAUAUUCAAAUGAUGUUCACCCAAAUCCACCUUCGCAUUAUCAUCGUUACGCUUCAACUGCAAUGAACAUUUUCGUCGAGCUGCUAGUGUUGGAGUUUCAACUUGGAAUGUCGAUCCCCUCUGGACUACAGCACCUUCACAUGAGCGAUUAUCUCGGACAGACAGGUGUAAUGAAUUCAAUAUUUAUACACAUGAAUCCAACCCUACAAAUUCUCAACUUAUGUGACACCUGGGCGUAUUUAAAAGCCACGCGUGGUCUACAAGUCGAUAAGUUUUGUGAUUUCGGGAUGUAUAUGGUUGGAAAUAGUAACUACAAUAAUCCUCCAAUUUACGGCUGUGAACUGCGACAUGAUCCUGCUGGUGCCUCAGAUGGUGCAUCCACUGGUGGUGGUAACGUAUGCAAUAUGAGCGCUUCUGGAGCAUACGACGGACAUGAUCAACUUCAUACUAGUUCUGAUCAACAUUUAUACGAAGCUUGUUCUCAGCUCAACCAGUGUGCUUCAUCGGAAAGAAUAAAUGAUUGUGGUGAUCCCGGUACGAACGAUUUGCGAUCACCAUCUGGCAAUGAAAUGUAUGAAGAUACUAAAGGCCCAAUGCAAAGAUGGCCACAAACUGUACCAUUACGGCAUCCACAUGUCAAUCAAAAUAUUCACUCACCAACUGCUUACUGA